CCUACGCGCUAUGCCGUGUCUUAGUGUGCUCGGUAGUGUACACUACGGCGGGCGGGCCGGUGUGGAGUCUCCCCGGGCGCGGUCGCCCCCUGCCGGUUAAAGGCGUCGCCGCGCCGCCGCCGGGACUGAGGGAAGAUGGCGGCCGGACCCGGAGCGGCCAGCGGCGGUCACAGCGGAGUCCGAGGCUCGGCGGCCGCGCUCGAGUCGUCGAUGGACCGCAGGUUCCAAGGAGUCACCAACACGAUGGAGUCCAUUCAGGGAUUAUCCUCGUGGUGCAUCGAGAACAAGAAACACCACGGCCUCGUCGUGCGCUGCUGGAUGAAGUGGCUGAAGAAAUCUGAUGCCAACCACAGGCUCAAUCUCUUCUACCUCGCUAAUGAUGUUAUUCAGAACUGCAAAAGGAAGAACGCUAUCGUUUACCGAACCACCUUCGCCGAGGUGCUGCCAGACGCCGCCCUGCUGGUCAAGGAUCCAAAAGUGUGUAAGUCCGUGGAGAGGAUCUUCAGUAUUUGGCAGGAGAGGAACGUUUAUCCUGAGGAGCUGAUCUCUGAGCUGAAGACCAGUCUGCAGAAGAAAGAGAAGGAGAAGGAGAAAGAGAAAGAAAAGGAAAAAGAAAAAGAGAAAGAGAAAGUGAAGGAGCAUCAGCCUUCUCCUGCCCCAGUUAACCCCAAAACUGCUUUAAAGUCUAAAAUUGUUGCAGAGUUUGUUCCGCAUGAUUUUGUAGAGCGUUUAAUGUCUUACAAGAACUCUCUGGAUGAGAGUGAUUUAAGAGAGAAGCAGUUAGCUGCUCUCAGAGUGGACGUCUGCAGCACAGAGGCCCUCAAAAGGUUAAAAGAUAAAGCAGGUGGGAAUAAGUUCUCAAAGGACUUUGAGGAGGGAAGCACAAAGCUGCAAGAAUUCGUGACGUUCCUGGAGGGCCAGAAAAAAGCAGGACCCCCGCUGCUGGAGGCACUGGGAAAUGCAGACAUCUUUUACGAGAUGCAGUACAAAGAGGUCAAAAUUGUUGCCAAUGCGUAUAAAGCUUUCGCCAAUCGUGUCAGUAGCUUGAAGCGAAAGCUGGACGCUCUGAAGGCCACAUUGCCCAGUCUGGAUGAAUCUCCCAUCCCCUCCCCCUCUGAAGACGCCCCAUCCCCCACCGGCUCAGAGUCGCCCUUCCAUGGCUUGAACUCCAGGAGCGGUUUGGGUGGUGGGGAUGGAAACGGAGGGAGAAGUUUGGAGCAACAGAAGGACAACAGAGAUAUAGAGGACAUGGACAUGUCUGAGGAAGAUGAAACCCCUGCAAAUGCUGGAAUUGUUGUUGACGAGAGGAAAGAGAAGUCAAGUCUUCCAUCUGCGUCCAAGAUUACAAAUGCUACAGCAACAAAAAGCGCUCAGAUCACCGCUUCUAAACCAUCUCAGAUUUUAGCAACUCCAACAAAGAUGGUGUCUGUGUCAUCGACCAAUCAAACGCCUACUGCAAACACCACACCCAUUACGACCACACCUGUACCUGCCCCGGUCGUUAGCCCCUCCCCCCUACAGGUGAACUUGGCCAAUGUGGAUCUGGGCAAGAUCAGCUCCAUUUUGAGCUCGCUCUCCAAUGCGAUGAAGACCACCGGUGUCAGUCCUGUGUCCCGUCGUUCCCCUGGCACACCUACUACACCCUCCAGCCUUGCCUCCUCCUCCAAAGCCCCUCCUUUGACCCCUGGCAACAUUGCCUCAUCAAACCCUCUGGCUAGCAUCUUGUCUAAAGUGGAUUUCUCCCCCGAAAACAUCCUGAAUGUUCUCACAAAAACACAGACUCACAGCCCCAACCUGCAGGGUUUGUCUUCUCUCCUUUCAUCAGCUCGUUCAGGCGCUCUCACCACUCCAGACCCUGUUCCAUCUUCAUCUGUCUCCUCUUCAUCUUCAGCUGUCACCACAGCUGCAGCAACCUCCACCACAACAACCCCGACAACUCCGAAGGCCCUAAAGCCCACAGGCAACAAUUUCAAGCGAGAGUCAGAGCGAGAGAAAGGGAGAGAGUGGGAAAAAGUAAAAGAGAGGGAAAGAGAAAAAGAAAGGGAACGAGAUAAAGAAAGAAAGAAAGAAUGUGAGACAGAGGCUGUGGUAUUGCCCAGCCUGGAGUCUAAGAUCAACAGUUUCCUCCAGGGCAAUCCUGGUUUCAGCGCUCUCGGACUUGGCUUGGAUGAUGUGGGCAGCAAUAGCCCUCUCCUCGUCGGUGGGGAUAACCUGGAUGGCACCCCUGUCCGAGAUGAGAGUGGUAGCACGCCCACCCAAGAUGAAAUUAUGGACUCACCCCAUGUACUCAGUGAGCCCCAGAGCGCAGGUUUGUCUGGAGGUCAUAACCUUUCACCUACAGCCUAUCACAGUGACCCCUGGGAUGCCGUGAUCACUCCACGAGAGGCUCUGGGAGAAAAUGAGCGGAAAGACCGGGAUUAUCGCACACCACCACCCUCACGACUUGCCGCCUUUAGCCCAAGUGCGACUAAACCGGUCAAGGCCACGGCUAAAACCAAAGAGGAAGACGGACUCAAGAGAAAAGUUGUUCCAUCAGCUGCCAUGGUGCAGGAUUCGAAAAUAAAGGCAAAGAUGGAUGGAGAGAAAAAUUUAUCAUCCCGCAAGGCAAGUGGAGGAUCCGACAAUGGGAUGAAAGACAAGGAAAGGAAAGCUUCAGCUGACAAUGGAGACCACUACCAUCGCAUUGAGACUCUUGUUUCUUCAUCCUCCAGUGAGGGAGCACCAAUCGAAACCCUUGAUUACGGCAACCGCAUCCAAACUGUGGAAAGCAUCCGCGUGGUUGGAAGAGGCCUGAGAAGAGGGAGCAGUGCGGGUUCUAGAGUGGGUGGUGCCUGGUAUGAAGAGGAGGAGUUUAUGGAAGCCCCGCCUCCACAUCACCCUGCAAGUCGCAGCCAUGAGAGUUCAGAGGAGUUGGGAUUGGUCCCUCCUCUUCCACUUCCUCCACCUCCUCCUCCUGCUCACCUUCCACCCCCUUUGCAAUAUCCACCUCCACCUUAUCCAAACGAAGACCCCAUACGACCUUCUCAUGCCAUUCCUCCGCACCAUCCUCCCCCUCCGUUUUUCCCCUCUUCCAUUCCCCCAGUCCCUCCACCCCUUCCUCCCAUUCCUCAAACCCCACCUCCUUCCAGAGACUUUCCCCUUUCCUCAAACUCCACUGUUAUGGUUGGUGGUGUCCUUGUACCUAUAGACAGAGUCCUACCCUACCCGCCUGCCAACUUCCAUCCUGAUGGAGCGGGGCAUGGAGGUAGCGGUGGUAAUGCCCCUCCGAGAAGCGGCAAACCUCAACUCCCUUCCUUGUUAGGAGACCCCCCUCGCACAGGCACGGUGAAAGAGCAGUUUGUCUUGCGCCAUACCCCACCUCUUCACCGGCCUGGCACCCCAGGUGUUCCUCCACCCCUCCUGGGCAGAAUUCGAGAGGGCCCCAGUCCCACACCACCAUCACCCUCUACCCCAACCACACCUACUCCUUCCUCCCCUGCUGGGGAACCCCAUUCCCAUUUGUCAGUCCCCAACCGCCCACCCCUCCACAACCCAAAUCAGAGACCCCACCGCCCUUCCUCCCCUCUGCCCCUCCUCCAGUUACCAAACCAGCAUCACACACGUCGUUCCCCACAGUUUCCCAGAGGUUCCUUGCCCCUUAACCGUGAACCCCUUCUACCUGGGACAAAGCGUCCUGCUGCUGGUUUCGGCAGCGGGCCUUUCAACCCUCCCAAAAGACCGUUCCUGCCCCCUCGAUAUUAGCAUCUCAAAAUGAGUGCUAAAUGCUCUCUGUACGACCUAAAAUAAGAAAUGUAGCAAGAUGCAUCUCCUGCUAAUCUCAGCGUGAGAGUUAUACUGCAUGUAAAUACACAUGCACCGACACGCCUUGCCCCAUGUUACAGCACUACUUUACUCAGUAAAAGAAGUUUUCAGAUACCCUAAAGAUGAACUAGGAGGAGGAGAAUAUGGAGAUCCAGAAACAUCCGUGGAAUAUGAAGGAAGGCAAAAGGUGGUUAUCCUGUUCAUUUGGUGUAAUGUGAGAGGGUGGUUGUGGAGUGUGUGUGAGUGGUGUAUGGAUGACUUGUAAGUAGAUAAGUUGAGAGUAGAUCUCUUUCCUUCCAGUAACUGUUCCUUCACUUCUCCACCUUAUAACACUUGCUUUUCUUUUUUCUUUUCUUUUUUUGAUGUAAAAUACUUGUUUAUGCUGUUGAGGAGUGACAGAUUUGUUUUUUUGUCUGUUAACCUGUUACUCUUUCAAAUUGUGUGCAAAGCCAGUGGAUUUCAACUUUUAUUCCUGAGUGAUUAAAUUAUUGACAAAGAUGUAAUGCUGGGCAACCAUAAUGGCUUGUAGUGAUUAAAAAAAAAAAUAGCCACUUAUCAACCUUCACCAAGAUGUGAAGAUUUAGGCUCACGCUGCGUACAGUAUAAGCUAACCAAGUGUUCAAGGCACAACUACUUGGUAGUUUUGCAGUGCUUUUCAAGAGUUCCUUUGCGCUUUUUUUUCUUGAUAGAGUUCUUACAUGUAUUCUGAUUAAUAAAAGCAUUGUGACAAGAAAUAUUAUUGAAAGGAAGGGGACUUUUCUUUACAGGUGGUCUCAUACUUUGUUCAAGAACAAAUGUACCAGGAUUAUUUUGUCGUUUUGUUUUCAAUUAAGAGCAAUUCUGUUCUUUCUUGCAAGUCUUCUAACUUCAUGAUGUCCAACAUGUUACGAGUUGAGGAAAUAGUUUGCUUUCAUUACUUUCAGUGUCCCACUGUGUCUGUUAAUCUUUCAAGUCAGUUCUUCGUCCCCGGGAUGUAAGAUAAUCACAGUUAGUUUAACCCUUUAUCAUGUACACACGAUUGAAAUGUGCGAGUUCCUGUCUUUUGUGUGCUACUCAAGCCACACUUUCAUGAGUUGCAUUUACAGAAUGUGAUAUCACAUGCACUGUUCGUAAAACGAAAGCAAACAGUACAUCUCUUCACAGCAAUGUCGAUGCACUGCUUUUCAACAAAAUGUCUGACAACUUAAAUGUGAAUAUAACAUGUACAUUGUUGUGGUUCAUUGUGUACGAAGAAAAAAAUCUUCCAAGUGCUGGCGUUGAAUAUUCGAA